UUUGAGUAGUUUGUUCGCAUUUUCUGUGUUGAUAGCACGCGUUAGUUGAUUCGCGUUUUGGCGUUUUAGCAGUAUAAACCGCUCACAUACUUAUAUAUUAAAUCAAUUGAUAUUUCCUGCGUAAAAGAAGCUAUCAAAGCACAGACGCUGCAGAAUUAUAAAUCGGCAAGUGUAAAAGGCAGUGAUUGGUAGGGAGUGAGAGCAAGACGUCAACGGAAAGUAGAUUAAGUGAAAGAACACCAUAUCAACCAGUUGGUCUAUACAUCAGUCAAGUCAUAAGGACAGAGAAAAGCGGACAAGACAAUUAGUUGCAGCCGGCUGUUGUGUGUGCAGUAAAGCAGAAAUAAAUAAAUAAGGAAAGUAAUAAUUGUACCAAUACAAAAAUGGCAGUCAACGUGUACUCCACAAAUGUGACUACUGAAAAUUUAUCCAGACAUGAUAUGCUCGCUUGGGUAAAUGAUUGCCUGCAAGCGCAAUUUGGUAAAAUUGAAGAGCUCUGCACUGGCGCUGCUUAUUGCCAGUUCAUGGAUAUGUUGUUCCCCGGCUCGGUGCCAAUGAAAAGGGUCAAGUUCCGUACAAAUUUGGAACACGAAUAUAUUCAGAAUUUUAAAAUCUUGCAAGCAUCUUUUAAAAAGAUGGCAGUUGAUAAGAUAAUACCAGUCGAUAAGUUGAUAAAAGGUCGUUUCCAAGAUAAUUUUGAAUUUUUACAAUGGUUUAAAAAGUUCUUCGAUGCAAAUUAUGAUGGGCGCGAAUAUGAGCCGCUUAUAGCUCGUAGCGGCGUCAAGCUGGGCAAUGGCAUUGGUGGUGGCGGCGGCGGCAGUAGUGGUCGAGGCAGUAGCAACGAUUUACUCGAGAAGCGACCCAUACAGAUGCCAAAUCGAACGCAUGCGUUACCGGCUGUAACACAACGUACCGCCGUUAGGUCGGAACGCGUUGGAGUUUCCAAAGUACCACCUCGCGCAGCAGCACCAGUCGUAACUAAGUCAGCUGCCGUGAACAAUACCACCGGUGCAGUUAAAAAGUCCGGCGACUCAUCCAAUGCGGUGUCGAACCAACAGAUCGAGGAGUUGUCCAAUCAGGUCAUGGAUAUGCGUUUGAAUUUGGAAGGUUUGGAGAAAGAGCGAGAUUUCUAUUUCUCAAAAUUGCGUGACAUAGAAAUACUCUGCCAAGAAGCAGCAGAAGGUGACCCGCAUCCUUUAAUACAAAAGAUUUUGGAUAUUAUGUAUGCGACCGAGGUUUGAGCUUUUGGCAAAGCAAACGACGCUAAUAAAUAGCAAUAGCCACAACAAUACGCAAAUGGACCACCACAUUGUGUUAGAAUUUUGUGUAAACAAAUUUUCGUUUGCUGAUAAUCGGUUCAAAGAAAAAUUCAACGGUUACAGCAAUUCAAAUGAAAUAAAUAGUUAAUAAAUUGCUGGUAAAAUGAAUUAGUGUGAAAUUAGAUCAACAUAACUUAGCAAAUGUAACUUAGAGAAUUAUGAAGUGCUUGAUACAAAUAUUUAUUAUGGGUUCACAAUGCUGCGAUGAGUAGAGUUGGCAUUUAUAUAAUUUAUUAAGCUGUUAAAUACUUAUACAAUAUAGUUGUUGCUCAUAUACUUUUAUGGCCCAGUUGUAAUUACAUUUAUUAGCCUGCGAAAGUUGUAAAACUAAAGCGAUUGCUACAACUAAGUUUUUCGGUGUUGAAAUUGUUUAGGGAAAUACAUGUAUCCUUUAAUGACGUUAAAACGUUAACGUACGGUCGGGUUUACAUAUCACUAUAUCCAAAUAAAACGUUGUUUCCAAUCUGCUGAAAAUGAUUACUAAUGAAACGAACUCCAAUCUAUUUUAUAUAAAUAUUUACACACAUUUACUUAUUGUAAAACGCUUUAUAACGUCGAUAUGUAUGCGAAUUUAUACAUGUAAAUAUUUCAAAGUAUCCACAGGAACUACAUAACCACAAGAAGCUUCAGAAUUGUUUGAUGUUAAAAUUUUCGCAUUCUUGUUAUUAGCUGUGGUGAAUAUCACAAAACAAAUUUUGUAAAUAUUACGUUAAACAUUUGCUAAAGUAAAGAGACUUUAAUAAAACAGACAUAUUAAAGUUCGCAUAUCAGAUUUUUUACCGACACAACAUUAUACACUAUUUAAGCGUUGGUAACAUACAAUCAUUUAACAUGUAUUGUGUAUAUUUCUUAAUAUGUGUAAUAAUAUUGGACUGCAGCAUAUGCAUAUAUACGUAGAUACCUACAUAAGAAUAUAUACAUAUAACGGCAUAUAAAAAAUAUAAAAGAGAAAUAUAUAUAUCAAUCUGUUGCUUGUAUUAAAAACGAA